AUGAGCGCGGGCUUUUCUUAUGAGCAGUUUGGCAAAGGAGCUUUGGCACGACCACACCGGUAUCGUGGGUUGCCAGGGCAGCCUACACCGCUAUUUGCAAAAGAGCACGCCGCCCCGAUGAUAGUUGACUUGAUUUUGGUUUCAUCUAUCGUUCCGUCGGCUUGA